ACAAAGAAUAAGCUGUGGUACUUUGAGUUCGGCACUUCGGAGACCUUCUCGGCCACUUGUAAGAAGCUCCACGACUUUCUGGAGGUUGAGUGUGACGGGGUGAUGUUGGACCUCAGCAGCAUCUCCUUGGAGGGCAUAGCAAUUCUCAACAUUCCCAGCAUGCACGGCGGCUCUAACCUCUGGGGCGAGAGCAAAAAACGGAGGGGGCAUCGCAAAGGAGGAAAGAAGAGCCAAGACAAGAGGACGCCAUUGCUGGACCCCAAAGAGCUGAUGUUUGCAGUCCAAGACCUGUCUGACCAGCUUCUGGAGGUAGUGGGGCUUGAAGGAGCCAUGGAGAUGGGUCAGAUCUACACGGGGCUGAAGAGUGCCGGGCGGCGCCUGGCCCAGUGCUCCUCUGUGACCAUCAGGACGAGUAAAUCCCUCCCAAUGCAGAUAGACGGUGAACCUUGGAUGCAGACUCCCUGCACGAUCUUCUUGAAGCGGAUCGGCCUG